GGGGCCGGAGUUGGGGGGAUGUCCUUGGCCUUCCCUGUGGGCCGGAGGCAAAUCCCCUCCCUGUCCUUCUUGCUUCCUGCCCCAGGCCCCGAGCUGAGGACGGAGAGCCCGGAGGACAAAUCCCCCCGUGAGCCCCUGGUGGGAGAGGCCGUUUUGAAGGGCUCCACGGCGCAGGAAGGCAGCGGGGAGGAAAAGGGCCGGAGAUCCCCCCGCAGGAGGGGCUCCAAAGCCAGCCCAGGGUGCUCUGAGGAGGAAAGAGCCAGCCUGUGCCGGGAAGGUGGCAGGAGCUUGAACCGGAGCUCUGAGCUGGUGGUCCCUGAGCAGCCUCCCAGCAGGGAGAAGCCCUUCAAGUGCUUGGAAUGUGGGAAGAGCUUCAGGCAGAGCUGUGACCUCCUCAAGCACCAGCAUAUCCACACUGGGGAACGUCCCUACACAUGUGGGGAAUGUGGGAAGAGUUUCAGUGACAACUCCAACCUGAUCCGACACCAGCGCACCCACACUGGGGAACGUCCCUACACGUGUGGAGAAUGUGGGAAGAGCUUCAGGUACAGCUUCCACCUCCGCACCCACGAGAACAUCCACAGUGGGGAACGGCCCUACACGUGUGGAAAAUGUGGGAAGAGCUUCAGGGACAGCUCCCACCUCCGCACCCAUCAGCUCAUCCACACUGGGGAGCGUCCCUACACGUGUGGGGAAUGUGGGAAGAGUUUCACAAAGGGCUCCCACCUCCGUACCCACCAACUCAUCCACACCGGGGAACGACCCUACAAGUGCUUGGAAUGUGGGAAGAGGUUUCAGACCAGCUCCAGUCUCCUCCUGCACCAGCAGACGCACACGGAUGAGAGGCCCUUCCGCUGCACUGACUGCGGGAAGGGCUUCAACCAGAACUCCACCCUCCUCACCCACCGCCGCAUCCACACCGGAGAGAGGCCCUACAAGUGUGGGGAGUGUGGGAAGAGCUUCACCCAGAGCUCUAACUUGACCACACACCAACGGACCCACCAGUAA